UAUCGGGAGUGCACAGUGUGUAAAUACCGGGAGCGCAGAGUGUGGAUGUAUCGGGAGCACACAGGGUGUCUAUACCGGGAGCACACAGUGUGAAUAUAGCGGGAGCUCACAGUGUGUUUAUACCGGGAGCACAGAGUGUGGAUGUACCGGGAGCUCACAGCGUCUCAGUACCGGGAGGGCACAGCUUGUCUGUAUCGGGAGUGCACAGUGUGUCUAUACCGGGAGCACACAGGGUGUCUAAACCAGGAGCACAGAGUGUGGAUGUACCGGGAGCGCACAGCGUGUCUGUACCGGGAACACACAGUGUGUAUAUAGCGGGAGCACACAGUGUGUAUAUAGCGGGAGCACACAGUGUGUAUAUAGCGGGAACACACAGUGUAUCUAAACUGGGAGUACAGAGUGUGGAUGUACCGGGAGCACACAGGGUGUCUAUACCGGGAGCACACAGUGUGUAUAUAGUGGGAGCGCAGAAAGCUGUAUUAAUGAAACAUACCUGUUGUAUUAAACCCACCUGCUGUAUUUGUGUAUUUAACCCUUUGUCCUCUGUCCCCCAGGAUUGCAAGAACAUCUUCUUUCCAUGUUUCUCUUACAGCUGGGAAUGGAAGCUGAUGCAGACAAACCAUGCUGAUCACCUUUUCAUUUUUUACCAGCAUCAUCCUGUGCAGUGACCUAGUGGGAGACAGAACAGGUAAUAUAGUAGUGGAUACACAGCACUGCCUCCUGGUGGUGGCACUGGGGAAAACACAUUUAAUCUGAUGGUUCUGCAUUCCAUAUAAUAUAAAUUAGGAUCUAACUAACAUAGGCCUUGAUUUAAUAUUGUUAGAUAAAUGUAUAAAAUGAGUUAAUACUUUGAAAAAUAUUUUUAUAUUUUUAGAUACAUUUGUGGCACCCCUCACCCCCUGUUAGGAAGAGGGGUUUCGCCGCCAGAGAUGUUCUUAUCCCCCCAGUGUGAGUGAUGCUGUAGUAAUUUCCCGAUAGCAGUAAUACAAUGCUAGUAGAGCAGGUAUAGCUCUUACCAGAGCAAGCGAUUAUAGCGAUCCGAAGAGCAGAGAUAUAGCUGGUAUAGCGUUCUCCCACAGACAUGAGACCAGGCUCUAUGCUGGGGAUGAACUGGUUUUAAUGAGAGCCACACACGCCCUGUUAUGUAACGCCACAUUCCAGGGGCAUUCCCCGCUGGACCUGAUAGGAGACUAUUGCAAAGUACACAUCUAAAUUACAUUAUCUUUCAAAAAAGGGGAAGAGAAGAAGGGUGGAACUGUGUGCCAAUGACAAUGACAAUGACAAAGCUUUUGGAAAGACUUGUCUUUACCCGUGUGUCUCACUUCCUCAAUUCCAACUCUCUCCUUGACCCUCUUCAGUCUGGCUUCCACCCUCUCCACUCUACUGAGACUGCUCUCAUCAAAGUCACUAAUGACCUAAUCGCAGCCAAAUCCAAAGGUCACUACUCCAUAUUAAUUCUCCUUGACCUCUCUGCUGCCUUUGACACCGUUGAUCAUGCUCUCCUCCUUCAAACUCUUCAAUCGCUCGGUCUCUGUGACUCUGUCCUCUCUUGGUUUUCUUCCUAUCUCUCCCAACGCUCAUUCAGUGUCUCCUUUUCCAAGCAUACCUCCUCCCCUCGCCCUGUCUCGGUUGGAGUUCCCCAAGGCUCUGUCCUUGGUCCCCUUCUAUUUUCUCUUUAUACUGCCUCUCUUGGCAAGCUUAUUGCCUCUUUUGGAUUCAACUACCACCUGUACGCUGAUGACACUCAGAUAUACCUCUCCUGCCCAGACCUCUCCCCUGCCGUCCUGCAACGUGUCACUGCUUGCCUUUCUUCCAUCUCUGACUGGAUGUCCUCGCGCUUUCUGAAACUCAACCUCUCUAAAACUGAACUUGUUGUCUUUCCUCCUCCUUAUACUGAUCCUCCUCUCUCGCUCUCCCUUCAAGUCAGUGAUAUCCUUGCAAGUGCGCUGUCUUGGCGUCAUACUUGACUCUGGCCUCACCUUUGAGCCUCACAUCCAGUUUGUUGCCAAAUCCUGUAGGUUCCAACUCAAAAACAUAGCCCGCAUCCGUCCCUUUCUUAUGCAAGUUGCGACCAAAGAGCUUGUCCAUGCUCUAGUAAUUUCCCGCAUGGAUUACUGUAACCCUCUCCUGAUUGGUCUCCCAAAAAGCCGUAUUGCCCCGCUACAGUCUCUAAUGAAUGCUGCAGCUAGACUGAUUUUCCUCUCUAGUCGGUCCUCUCACACAUCACCCCUGUGCCAGUCCUUACAUUGGCUCCCUGUAUCCCACAGGAGUCAAUUCAAAGUGCUAUCCCAUACAUUUAAAACACUGAACAAUUCUAGCCCCUCUUAUAUCUCCUCAAUGAUCCAUAGGUAUGCCCCUCCUCGUUCCCUCCGCUCUGCCCGUGACCACCUCCUGACCGCUGCUCGCACCCGUACGGCCAACUCACGCUUGCAGGACCUCUCGCGGGUGGCUCAUUUCCUAUGGAAUAGCCUGCCUACUGCCAUCAGACUCUCCCCUAGUCUUCAAUCAUUUAAAAAGAGCCUUAAAACCCAUCUCUUCAGGAAAGCUUAUGGCCUCCCAGAGUAACCUCUACCUUACAUACCUGUCUCUUGCGCUCUCUACCCUCUCCUCCAGCUCUGCUUCACUCCCACCCUAUUUGAUUGAUAUUUCCUGUCCUAACAUGUCUUAUACCCCACCUCCUAUAGACUGUAAGCUCGUUUGAGCAGGGUCAUCUUCAACCUAUCGUUCCUGUAAGUUUUCUUGUAAUUGUCCUAUUUAUAGUUAAAUCCCCCCCUCAUAAUAUUGUAAAGCGCUACGGAAUCUGUUGGCGCUAUAUAAAUGGCAAUAAUAAUAAUAAUAAUAAUAAAAAGGUCAACGAGCAGCACACUUCGUAUAUGGGUGGUCUAACAGUUAGUGAGUUUAUUUGGUAUAUGAACGAAAUAAACAUAAUCCGUUCGGUUCCUCCCAUGUCCCAAACUAAUAGGCGAAAUAAAUAAAGUUUUAUAAUCCAGGGACAGGGUGGUCUGUCAUGAUAUUGACUUAUCCUAUAUUUGUUUAUAUUUUCACAUUUAAAAAAUUAAAAUAAAUGUUCAUCCACAAUAUUAAAUAUAGACCUUAAGAAGGACACAAAGAAAAAAUGUUACCUGCGCUCUUCCCAAAUCCCUAUGGAGGUCAUUUAGUUACUCCAAUGGCCAGGAGAAUUUAGCCCACCUGCCACGUCAAGGCAGACCUCUCAGGUGGGUCCCACACUAACCUUUCACCUUGCUUCCUUGAACUUCUGGCAAAGAUAUCUCUAAUGAGACAGAAAGGGGUAUUUUUUUUAUACACCCCUACAUGGUUAUUAACCCUUAAUAGGAAACACAUGGGAUGGGCAGCAGCAUUGUAACAAAGCUGUGUGAUACAAUAAGUGAAUACAAAUAAAAAAAAAACAAGUCCUGUGCUCAAACUCCCACUACUCUUGGGCGGCAGCAACGUUCUGCGCUCAAACUCCCACUUCUCUUGGGAGGAGCUUGAGCACAUGACUUGUUUUUUUGUCCUUAAGAAGGACAUGGCAGAGAGCACUGUGUACAAUUAUUUAUAUAACAGGGUGUUACUCUCACUCAGGGUGUACUUACCUCUCAUUCAGGGUGCGCAGAGAGUACAAGGCAGUGGCAGCUGGUGGUGGACUGCCAGACUGGACACAUGAAUGUUUUUAUUCAUGGAUAGGAAUAUGUCUGUAUGGCUGUACUACUGUCAAAAUAUGUGGACCACCCCAUAUUUAGGGAAUAAAUCUUAUAGGCAUAUUGUUAUUAAUACGUUAAAUAAAUUGGCUAUAUUGAGGUUAAAGUCUAAUUUAAAGUGUAAUUCAGAAUUUAGCCACAAGAUGUCGCUAACGGAUUAUGUUAAAAAAAAAAAAAUGCCUUUAAAUGCAAGAUAGGUAUGCUCUGCAAAAAAUGUAAAUAAAUAUAUAUAUAGGUUGGCCAGCAUGAAGAUUUUUAGUUAAAAAAUAUUCUCUCCUCAGGAAUUUUUUUAAACUAAAAAUAAAUAAAUAACUUCAUAAAGUAAAUGAGCAUGCUGUCCAGGGGGCGGCUGAUUUAGUGAUGGGCCCCUGCUGUUGGAGUGGUUCCUGUUACUAUGUGGCCUCUGCGCUAAUUAACACUAAAUUAAGGCACAUACCACCUCAAACACUGGGUGCCUGCCUUACAUUAGUGUGCAGGGUGAAGCUGGGGGAGCCGAGUGGCAGGCACUGCUGUCCAUACGGUGUCUGUCUUUAAACCCGGUGGGGGGAGCCGGGGGAGAAAUAUGGCUGACACCACUGUCCACGUGGAGUGGAGCGUCUGAAUAUUGGGGGAGGGAGGGAGCAAGCCGGUAAUGGUUCCUGGUGCCACGAUGGCCACGCUCUGGUGUGGAUCUCUCCCCGUAGAGAUACAGCCGUAGUCUGAAAAAAAGUAUACAAUAUAGUAGUAGAAACAAACUGUAUCACCGCUGUAUGAGGUAGUAGUAUAUCAGUAUUUAUAGGGUCUUCCAUGAUGAAUGGAGGACUAGUAAACAUUGCACGUCCAGAACCCUCUGAUCUGCUUAACAUAUAGACUCCAGCGAGAAAUAGUAAAUAGGAUUUAUUAAAAAUAACAGUAAUACACAGUCCAACUUCCUCAGGGACCAGUAAUAAAACAUACUCCAAAUUAGAAUACAUUCAAAUAGCUGCCAAAACCACUGAGUCCUCUUUAAAUAGCUCUCAUUCCUUCACCCAUUGGCUGUCGUGUAAGUGUGUCAACUUGCUUCCUGAGUGAGGACCAAUUUAUAGUGAUGUUAUGAACUUGCUGGAUAUGUCCAAUCAUCUUUCCUGGCCAAUCCAUGUCAAUCCAUGUCAGCAUCACCUGUGGAUUAGCUCCUCCCUCUCAGCUGAUAGGACAGGAAUCUAAAUUCCAAACGAUGGUAUAUAAGGAAUCCACCUCCCCAGAAUACACCGUCUCUUUGGUGGAUACUUCUACAGAAGCAGUUUGUAGGGCUGUAGCCUGGUCAUCUUUCAACAGUUCUGUGAGGCACUAUCGCCUAGACGUUCCAGGGUCCUGUGCCUCCUCAUUUGGGAGAAAUGUCCUUACAUUAACAUUGAUAUGAGGUCAUUGUUUUUUUUUUUAUCACCCACCCUUUACUUUUGCUUGGGAUUCGCCAUGAAAAAAGAAAAUUGUCAAAUACUUAUUGUAAUUUUCUUUUCCUGGCCAAUAUCCAUGUCAGCAUACUUACUUGGUUACGAGACGGCGUAUUCUAGGGAGGUGGAUUCCUCAUAUGCCAUCGUUUGAAAUUUAGAUUCCUGUCCUACCAGCUGAGAGGGAGGAGCUAACCCUCAGGUGAUACUGACAUGGAUAUUGGCCAGGAAAAGAAGAUUAUGGUAAGUAACAAUUGUAACAAUUUUCUGUUUUAUUACGUUGCUGUAAUAAUAGAAUGUUUAAAAUAAUGCAUGAAUCCAAUGUACCAGCAGAUUAUUUUAACAGUAGUUUGAAUAAAACCAGUUUCAACUUCCAGUUUGAAAGUAACGGAUCUCAUUACACAGUGCUCAUCGUUUGACGCAGGCUUCAUUAUCUUCCAGAUGGCUCAAAUACAAGCGAGGAAAACAUAACUAAAUUACAUGGCGGGCAGAAAAAUACUGCAAAGAACAUGAAAUUGGCAUCUUCUCUUCAUUUAUGGCCAGAGGUAAUGCUAUCAAUAUGCAUAUAAUAUAUGUAUUUAGAAGAUAACUUCACGCUUUGAACAUACAGUGAGAGCUCUGAUCAUACUGAACAUACUUUAAAAACACUUUUAGAAAAUCAAUUUACAGCAUCUUUUUAGAAUAUCAUUUUAGAGCUGGAUUGAUGCUGCAUUUUCAACAUUUUUUAUAUUAAUAUAAAUGGAGAAAGAUAAAAUUGUAUCUUUUUUCUGCAAUGUGUUUCUACAAUUAAAUCAUAUGUAGUUAAUUACAGUGACAGAGAUUCCGUGCUGCCAGGGUUGGUUACAGUGACAGAUAUUCUGUGCUGCCUUGAUUGGUUAGAGUGACAGAGUGUGACGGAGCUCCUUGUGCCCCUGGCUGGGUACCUCCGCCAAGGACCGCUUCCUAGCUGGAACAGGGGACAAACCACAGCACUUCUGCCCACAGUCUCCAUGGCUAGACUGGGGCCCUGGAACCACUCUCACCUGGAGACGAAUGGGGAACUUGCUCUAGACACCCCCAGGCACUGGACGACACUCAGUCCUGGGAGCUCUAAUCCUUACAAGGACUUUCCCCAUUGAAUCCUCCACACUGGAACAGUAAUAAAAGAGUAGCCCUUUCCCCAGUACCAGAUGACACAGUUCUAGGAGUACAAGCUGGAAUACUUUUAUGGCAGCCACAACUGGCUUUAUAUGUAUGUCUCCAUGCAAGGGGCACUCCCUCUGGACCUGAGAGUAAACCACCGUAGAAACAAAUAUACAAUUACACUGGCUCUCAGGUCCAGGACACUCCCAUACAAAAACAGAUAAUCCCUCCUCUGUGCCUGGGAGAUAAUUGGAUCAGGAACUGUACUAAUCUAAUCCAAUUAUCUCCAAGCACAGAAAAAACAUACCUUUCCCAAACACCCCAAAAGUACCCUAAAAAUACAUAUAAACCCCAUAAAAUGUUACAUCCCCUGAUAGCCCUGAUUUGGGUGACCAACAUAUCCAAAAAUCACCAAGAUCAGUUCAGGGGUUCAGGAAUUUCCUGAAAGUCAUUUGUUUGACCGACCGCACGCAUGGUCCCAUGCCCAAAACAGUUCCAAAGAAUCAGGGCUUGCGGUCGGUCUUGUUCGGUAGUUUGAAAACAAACAAACUACCGAAUAGAGUCAAUAGUCUUACCCUGGAGCUUGUUCCCCUUGUUCGUGAGAACGUUUCCACCGAACAGUAUCUUUCUAAGUGUUGUCGAACUGAACGCAGGCGAUCAAGUCCAGUGGUGUUCAGGGGUUUCAGUGUCUGAAAAUAGUUCCAUGAAGAAAAUGACCAAACACCGCUGCCUAGUUUCAUGUGAACAAGAUGACUGCCACUUCGUGGUCGUCCAUAGGAAUUGCGGACACCCAGACGAACACUUAGAACACUGCAGUGGAAAUUGCUACAAAGUAUCAAUUAGGUUUAACAAGCUCCAGGGUGGUCUCCGGAUCGUGCAGCUGUUUGGUUCCCGUACCAUAUAGUCCAAAUACACAAAAGGAGACUUUUAGAGAUUCUAUGCUGCCAUGUUUGGUUACAGUGACAGAGAUUCUAUGCUGCCUUGGUUGGUUGAGGUGACAGAGAUUCUGCGCUGCCAUGGUUGUGUAUUUAUGGCGGUUUGCCUCUAUCCCUAGAGAUAAUCGGGGGGAUUAGCUCAAAUGUUAGAGCGCUCGCUUAGCAUGUAAGAGGUAGCAGGAUCGUUGCCCGCAUUCUUUCCAGGGAUAGAGGCAAACCGCCAUUUUACAUGGUAUAAUAAAAACACAUAAAAAUUCAUAAAUGUAAAACUACCGAAUGCAUUUAAUUCGUAUAACGUAUCCCCAGAUAGCCUAGAUCUGAGUGCACAUUACUACCGAAUAGCGCUCAGACCCAAUGCACACAGUUCAAUCGCCAAAGAGUCAAAGUCUUUCACACUGUUCUUUCGGUAUACGAAUGACUCCAUGGGAUGGCUAUCUGGGUUAAGUCCAUUCGUACAAUAAAAAGUCCCGAACGGACCGGCGUUCGUAUGCCUGAUGAUAAGAAGGGCGGUAGGCGGUUUCAGCGGUGUCCGGUAGAAAAAGUGUCCGGUUUGAGUUCCAUAAGUUCAUCAUCGUGGCGGUGGAGGAGGUAGCCAACACUGUUUUUUUUUUUUUAAAUUGGGGUAGCCCCCAAAAUAUUGGGACGUAUCAAAAAAGAAACAUUUGCGGCCUGUGGUGCAUUUCUUGCAGUCCAAUAACGCCAUCAGGUUUUUAAAACUGUCCGUCUCCACCAGACGGAAUGACAGCAUUUCAAAGGCCAGGAAUUUUGAAAUGCUGGCAUUCAGGGCCAGGGAUCGUGGGUGGGUAGGGGGUACUUCCUCUUUCUCUUCAGUGUUUGGGAGAUGGACAGCCGAAUGCUUCCAUGGGACAGUGUGGAGAUUCUGGACAAUUGUGUACCUGGCCAAUGCUGGUGCAGGAACCCACCCUCCGAGCCACUUGUGAAUGACUGGCCUGAUAACCGUGGAAAUGACCCCUCUUUCUCCUUCUCUUCCUCCUGUGCCACAUCCUCUUCCAUUAUCUCCCAAAGCAUUUUUUCAAGGAGACAUAGAAGCGCAAUAGUAAGGCUGAGAAUGGCAUCAUCGGCACUGGCCAUGUUGGUGGUGUACUCGACACAGCGCAACAUGGCACACAGAUCUUGCAUGGAGGCCCACUCAUUGGGGGUGAAGUGGUGCUGUUCCGCAGAGCAACUGACCCGUGCGUGCUGCAGCUGAAACUCCACUUUCGCCUGCUGCUACUCGCACAGUCUCUCCAACAUGUGCAAGGUGGAGUUCCACCUUGUGGGCACGUCUCAUAUGAGGCGGUGAGCAGUAAGGUCGAAGUUACACUGCAGUGCAGACAGACGAGCAGCAGCAGGGUGAGAACGCCGAAAGUGCACACAGCCGCUGCAGUGAAACUAUGAAUGACUCAUUAAAUCAGUUAUUGUUCCUUUGAUCGUUCCAUCUGUUACUUGGAUAAUGUAACGGAUCGAAGGGCACCCCGACUGGGUACCUCCGUUGAAGGAUGCUCCUAGCGCUUCCUGAGGACUCCAAGCACUGCAGCAGACACCAUAACCACAGUAGACUUCUCCAGAGAGCAAGGCAGAAACAAGCUCUUACAAGAGCUUAGUAGUGAUAUAGCAAGAGAGUAUGACAAGCAUAGCAAUCCCUUGUAGCAGAUUCCCCCAGUAAGAGACGGCACUUCAAAUUGAGGGUGAAGUAGAACUGAAGCUUUUAAUCAAACACUCUGCUUCCAUGCACAUUUUACACACAUAGUACUGCCCACAGGGUUUUGCAGAACAACCAAUCAAUACGUACAAUACACUCAGAUACUCCCACACAAGAAAAUACACAGUUUUACACUGUGGCGAAACCAACCUCGCCACUGUGAACUGGAGAAGCCUGGUUGCUCGCCUGCUCCCUUUGGACUAUGGCCCUGCAGGUUAAACCGUUUAUUUCCCCUGCAGAAAGGCUUAUUUGUGUGAUCUGAGUGCCAUUCAUCUAAUAAUGUGCACCCAGAUCCCAGCUAUCUGGGGAUAUGUGAAAUGUCUGUGUGUUAUGUGUAAAUGUGACUUUAUGUAUUUUAAAGUGUUUUGUGUCUUUUGCAACCAUGUGCUUAAUGGAGUCUUGUGUCUGUCCUGGGAGAUAAUUGAAUUACUUAUCUCCAGGAUAGAAGACUCUGAAACUGGUUUGGGCCAGAAAGCCAUGCUUCAUUUAGUCACAAAGGACUUUUUACUAACUUUUGAACCCCUGGUCUGAUUCAUGCCAUUUUUUAAUAUGUUGUUCCUCUGAAUGGAUUGAUUGUGAAUAUGUAAUUUAUGUGAAUGUGAUGUAUGGUUUUAGAGUUAUGAAAGUUGGGUAGAAAGUAUGUUUUAACUGUAUGUGUAAUUGAGUUUCCUCUCAGGAUAAGGGGAGGGAAUAUGUGGGAUGUAGCUGAUAUGUGAUUGGUUGUUUUGUAACGCCCUGUGGGCUGUACUAUGUUUGUGGAUUGGGAAUAAAAGAGACUGUAUGUGACAGUACAGGGAGUUCCUGCUUAACCCUCAAAGUGAAGUGUCGCCUCAUUAUUGGGGGAAGGAUUUAUUGUAUGCUGUUCCAGUUUGACUGCUAGGAGAGUAAACCUAUUCGUAUGGUUCCUAUUCAACUGUCUACAGCAUUCAUAUGCUUGAGAGGAUUCAUAUGCUUCUCCGGUUCGGUGGUUGUGGUGUCUGCUGCAGUGCUUGGAGUCCUCAGGAAGCGCUAGGAGCAUCUUUCAACGGAGGUACCCAGUCGGGGUGCCAGGCGAUCCGUUACAUCGGUGGCAAGCGGUGGGAUGGCGUCCUAGUGCGAGGUAAAGCAGCUCGGAGACACAGUUCGUGGAUUUACAAAUUGAGGGCAACGCUAGUACCCGUACAGCGACCCUAUCUACAAAAGAACUAACUUCAGCAGAGCAAGCAUGGCGUAUGACUACACUCAGGAGGAGUUUGACAGAGAGGUUAAUGAGGUGCUGUCUACCUUUGGACCCAACCCCCAGAGAGAGCCGUGCAGCUCACCAGGAAACUAGUAGGAGAAUACCUGCAAUCUCUAGUAGAUUUGGCCAAAAAGGAGUCCCAGGGAGCCAAAGGUGUCGUCCUUCCUCCCCAGCGGCAGUGUGAGUCCCAGGGAGCCAAAGGUGUCGUUCUUCCUCCCCAGCGGCAGUGUGUGUACCAGGGAGCUGAAGGUGCCGUCCUUCCUCCCCAGCGGCAGUGUGUACCCCAGGGAGUUGAAGGUGUUGUCCUUCCUCCCCAGCGGCAGUGUGAGUCCCAGGGAGCCAAAGGUGCCGUCCUUCCUCCCCAGCGGCAGUGUGUAUCCCAGGGAGCUGAAGGUGUCGUCCUUCCUCCCCAGCGGCAGUGUGUGUCCCAGGGAGCUGAAGGUGCCGUCCUUCCUCCCCAGCGGCAGUGUGAGUCCCAGGGAGCCAAAGGUGUCGUCCUUCCUCCCCAGCGGCAGUGUGUACCCCAGGGAGCAGAAGGUGCCGCCCUUCCUCCCCAGCGGCAGUGUGUAUCCCAGGGAGCUGAAGGUACCGUCCUUCCUCCCCAGCGGCAGUGUGUCCUGCAGGAAGCGGAGACAGUCGGUCUCGCUCCCCAGCAGCAGGACAAUAUAUUAAAAGGGGAGACAGUUGGUCCCCCCCUCCAACAGCAGAGAGUGUUCCAGGGAGAGGAACCAGUUAUCACCUCUCCCCAGCAACAGGACAAAUUAUUGAAAGGGGAGACAGUCGGUCUCCCCCUUCAACAGCAGAGAGUGUGUCAGGGAGAGGAGCUUGUUAUCCCCUCUCCCCAGCGGCUGAAAGUAUGUAUGGGAGAGGAGCUUGUUACCCCCUCUCCCCAGCGGCAGCUUAGCCCACCAAGGGGAGACAGUAAUCUCCACAACAGUGCAGAUGGGACAGUCUCUGCACAUGCACCACCGGGGGUAGGGACAGUCGGUCCUGUCCCCCAGCAGCAGGACUGUUUAGGCAAAGGGGAGACAGUCUGUCUCCCCCUCCCACAACCAGGCUCCCACCAGGCUACUUCCGUGGUAGCACUGGCAUCAGGGCAGAGUACCGCUGGUCUCUGCCCACUCAGCAACCCACCAAGGCAGCCCAACAGUUGCCCACACAGUCGUGGUGAGGCACCUGGACAUGGACAAAGUUCUCCUCUACCCAGGUGUAGUAACCAGUUAUUGUGGGUGGGCUGUACUGCUGUUUCUGUUUUGUGGGUGGGUUGCUGGACUAACCAGGGCACUGACCGGCGGGAGGUCAGAUACCUUGUUAGUCUAGUUGGUAAAGGGGAGAAGUGUGGCGAAACCAACCUCGCCACUGUGAACUGGAGAAGCCUGGUUGCUCGCCUGCUCCCUUUGGACUAUGGCCCUGCAGGUUAAACCGUUUAUUUCCCCUGCAGAAAGGCUUAUUUGUUUGAUCUGAGUGCCAUUCAUCUAAUAAUGUGCACUCAGAUCCCAGCUAUCUGGGGAUAUGUGAAAUGUCUGUGUGUUAUGUGUAAAUGUGACUUUAUGUAUUUUAAAGUGUUUUGUGUCUUUUUGCAACCAUGUGCUUAAUGGAGUCUUGUGUCUAUCCUGGGAGAUAAUUGAAUUACUCUCCAGGAUAGAAGACUCUGAAACUGGUUUGGGCCAGAAAGCCAUGCUUCAUUUAGUCACAAAGGACUUUUUACUAACUUUUGAACCCCUGGUCUGAUUCAUGCCAUUUUUAAUAUGUUGUUCCCCUGAAUGGAUUGAUUGUGAAUAUGUAAUUUUAUGUGAAUGUGAUGUAUGGUUUUAGAGUUAUGAAAGUUGGGUAGAAAGUAUGUUUUAACUGUAUGUGUAAUUGAGUUUCCUCUCAGGAUAAGGGGAGGGAAUAUGUGGGAUGUAGCUGAUAUGUGAUUGGUUGUUUUGUAACGCCCUGUGGGCUGUACUAUGUUUGUGGAAUGGGAAUAAAAGAGACUGUAUGUGACAGUACAGAGACUUCCUGUUUUAACCCUCAAAGUGAAGUGUCAUCUCAUUAUUGGGGGAAGGAUUUAUUGUAUGCUGUUCCAGUUUGACUGCUAGGAGAGUAAACCUAUUCGUAUGGUUCCUAUUCAACUGUCUACAGCAUUCAUAUGCUUGAGAGAAGGUAUACGCUUCUCUGGUUCGGUGAUUGUGGUGUCUGCUGCAGUGCUUGGAGUCCUCAGGAAGCGCUAGGAGCAUCCUUCAACGGAGGUACCCAGUCGGGGUGCCAGGUGAUCCGUUACAUACACAAUAUUCAUAACUCUAAAAGUAUACAUCACAUUCACAUAAAAUUUUCAGAAUCGGCAUACUCCAAAUACAAACAUACGUCAAAAUCAUAAAAAUUGGUCCAGUGGGUCAAAAGUUAGUUGGAAAUCCCUUUGUGACCACCUGCAAGCAUGGCAUGGGUGUCGUAAGCCAAUUACCUCCAGCAUACAGAAAAUAGCUCUAUUCACAACAACAGUAAAAACACAUAAAAAUACAUAAUUCUUAUUAUACUUAACAGAACCCCCACAUUGGAUCUGAGCGCUCACUAUAUCCGAACAGUGCUCAGAUGCCACAAACACUGUCAAAUCGCCAUGGGGUUAAACCAUAGCAACAAGUUCCAACUGGUCUGGGACAACGCCCUGCUGGAGAACAAUAGACAGGAAACGGGGGAGGAGCACACCUUCUCAUGUAUUCAAAGGAGCAGAAAAAGUGUUUCAAAAUCCAAUAAGCCCAAAUAAUGUCUUUAAAGGGCAAUACAUCCCAGGGGCCAUAGUCACAUGGUAGGAGGCUGGCAAUCAGUCUUCUCCAAUGCCCAGUGGCGAGGUCGGUUUCACCACACUGUGUUAAUUCUAGAGCUAAUACAUGCCGACGAGCGCUAUGGGAUGGCCGCUCCGCUUUUGUACCCUGCUCCCUCUUAUGCUGUGCUGGUGCCUCUGUGCGACCACCGCCUCUUCCUCCAAACUGCACACGUCACUCGCAUGACCUUCAUUCCAUGUGGGGUCUAGGACCUCAUCAUCCUCCACAUCAUCUUCCACCCACUCCUCAACCCUGCCCUCCUUGCCAAUCUGCACACUGCAGAAAGCCACAGCAGUUGGCACCUGUGUUUUUUCAGCAUGUAAAGUCUGCAAAGGACAUAUGGAAAUUGUUUUAGAAUUGUAUCCAGGCAACAGUUUUCCCUAUAAACUGACCUCUCAGUUUGACUUGUGAGGGUAUUGACCCAGAAUUACAAUAUUGUUUAAGUACCUCUUAGCUGUUGAUAACUGGUUUAAAUAGAGCAGCUUGUUAUCUGGUAGUUUCUAGUGUAGAAAAUAUCAAUCUGUUUUCUAUCGCUUAGAUCUGUUUAACAAGUGUUGUAGGUGUGAAACAAUAUUACAAGUGACAGAUGUAGUAAAUGCGAAUCAAAGUUCCAUUUGCAAAAAAAAUUCUCACCCAUCUUCUGUGGGUUAUUGCAUUUUUAAGAUGUAGACUUAUUGUAUCAUACUAGCCAUGCACAGGUAGAUUGUCUGGCACAUUGUUUUGGUGUUUGGUUUUUAACUUUGUAGUUGUGUCAUUACACAAUAUCUAAAUGUAUAUUAAUGCUUCUGUAUAAGAAUUUGAAUGUUUAAAAAUGUGCUGUAACCACAGUAUUUGACGGUUCUAUUUGACUCUCAGAUAUGAAGUGCAGGCCCCAAAUUUAUUUUUAGCACCUAAAGAAUUUGAAUGUUUAAAACUGCAAUGUAAGCACAGUAUUUGACGGUUCUAUUUGAGUCUCAGAUAUGAAGUGCUGACCCAAAUUUUACUUUUUAGCACCUAAAAAAUUUGAAUGUUUAUAAAUGCGCUGUAACCACAGUAUUUGACAGUUCUAUUUGACUCUCAGAUAUGAAGUGCAGCGCAGGCCGCAAAUGUACUAUUUAGCACCAAAAAGUUAGAUUUUUUAAACCAACAAUGUAACAGUAGUAUUUAAGGGUUUUAUUGGACUGCAAGAAAUGCAGUACGCAAAUGUACUAUUUAGCACCAAAAAAAUUGCAGUAUUUAAAAAUGUCUAGAUAUUGCCCACUGAGCUACCAGAACAGGAUUAAAGUAAUGUGCCUGGCACACAUGCAGUUGCAAGUGCACUGCACUCUCUGUGGCACUGUGCUCAGGGCAGGUUACAAAACUGUAGUAUAGCACCCACAAAAAUAAUCACUGUAGUUUGCAGAACUCCAACCCGAACAUACACUGAUAUGUCCGUGUUCGGGUCCGGGGUCCAAAAAUCGUAAUGUUCGGUACGAACCCGAACUUUACAGUCCGGGUUCGCUCAACUCUAGUCAGGAAUAUAUGUUUGUAUUCCUGACACUAUAGUGUUCCUUUAAUCAAAUUAAAGGAACAUUCUGGUGACCAUAACAACUUCAUCUAAAUGAAAAUACUAUGAUGCAAGGAGGCCCCUGGGCGCUCUCUUUCCUUUAAGGGGUUAAACCGCUCUCAUAUGGUUUACGCCCAAAGGCUUCCUCCAACUCCAGAGCUCCAGGUCGCUCAGUGGUAUUCGGCUUCUUAAAAGGAGCGUCAGGAAGUGCAGAUUGAUGUCAGGCAUGGGUGCCACUGAUUGGCUAGAGGGGUCAGCUGACGCUCUAAGCCAAUCGCUAGUUCCUGAUUCAUAAAAAUGUUUUACGUUUUUAUGAAUGGGGAGCUACUGAUUGGCUUAGAGUGCCAGCUGACCGCUCUAGUCAAUCAGCGACACCCCUACCCAGCGGCCCUCUGUGCUUCCUGACACUCAGUAAAUAAAAGUGAACACAUUAACACUGAUAUUGUUUUUACCUGGGGAGAUGAAAAGGUCCAAAGUUUCCCUGCCAGGCCCAGGUACCAAAGCCUUAUGAUGUGAUGUCCAGAAUGAAGUGCUCCAAUCUCAUUUUCUUCUCCUUCAUUUGACACAUUCUUCUUUUUCUUCUGACACAGUCUUUUCUCCUCCUUGGCUCCUUCUGCUCCUUUACCUUUCUGCUACUUUCUGCUUAUUUUGCGCCCUUCUGCUCCUUUCUCUUUCUGAUCCCUUUCUUCUCCUUGCAAGCCCUUCCUGCAUCUUGCUGCCUCUUCCUGCUCAUUGCAGACCCUUCCUGCUUCUUGCAGACCCUUCCAGCUUCUUGCAGCCCCUUGCUGCCCCUUUCUGUUCCUUCUGAUUCUUUCUGCACCUCCCUGCUCCUUGCUGCCCCUUCUUUCUCCUUGCUGCCGCUUUCUGCUGCUUGUAGACAUUUCCUGCUUCUUGCUGCCUCUUCCUACUCCUUGCUGACCCCCCUUGCUCCUUGCUGCUUCUUUCUGCUCCUUUACCAUUGUGCUCCUUCUGUCCCUUCCUGCCCCUUUCUGCUCAUUGCUGACCAUUCCUGCUUCUUGCUGCCCUUCCUGCUUCUUUCUGCCCCUUCCAGCUUCUUGCAGCCCCUUGCUGACCCUUUCUCUUCCUUCUCCUACUUUAACUUUGUGCUCCUUCUGAUUCUUUCUGCCCCUUCCUGCUCCUUUCCCCCUUCCUGAUCCCUUCUGCUCCUGUCUGCCCCUUCUUUCUCAUUGCUGCCCCUUCCUGCUCCUUGCAGACCCUUCCUGCUUCUUGCUGCCUCUUCCUACUCCCUGUUGACCCCUCUUGCUCCUUGCUGACCCUUCCUACUCCUUGGUCACCCCUCCUGCUCCUUGCAGACCGUCCCUACCCAUUUCUGCUGCCCCUUCCUACUCCUUGCUGACCCCUCCUGCCCUCUGCAGACCCUUCCUACUCCUUACUGAUCCUCCUGCCCCUUGCAGACCCUUUUUACUCCUUGCUGAACCCUCCUGCUUCUUUCUGCCCCUUCCUGAUCCUUACUGACCCCUCUUGCUCCUUGCAGACCCUUCCUACGCCUUGCUGUCCCCUCUUGCUCCUUGCAGACCCUUUCUACUCCUUGCUGACCCUCAUUGCUUCUUGCUGACCCCUCCUGCUCCUUUCUGCCCCUUCAUUCUCCUUGCUGACCCCUCUUGCUCCUUGCAGACCCUUCCUACUCCUUGCUGACCCUUCUUGCUCCGUGCAGACCCUUCAUACUCCUUGCUGACCCCUCUUGCCACAUGCAGACCCUUUCUACUCCUUGCUGACCCCUCCUGCUCCUUGCAGACCGUCCCUACCCCUUCCUGCUGACCCCAUCUGCUCCCUACUGCCCGUUUCUGCAAAUUGUGCACCUGUUCACCUCCUACUUUACCCUCCUGCCCCUUGCAGAACCUUACGGCUCCUUUUACUUUACUUUCCUCUAUGAUGUCUCCCUCCACCCCUCACUUUCCUCUGUAGGCUGCCUCUGUGCUGCUCUCCUGCGGUGUCAUUAAUGAGAGAGAAGCAGGGAUAAGCUGUAGCUUCCUGCCUUUCUCCAUUCACAGCGCCACCUACUGGCCAGCGCCGGUAUUGCAGUGCAUUCUCACACUGAAACAAAAAAUAGCAGCACAAGCUGAAAACUCCAGGGGGGCAAGUGCCCCCUCUUGCCCCUCCCCCCCCCUGCAGACGCCCAUGAGUGGAGACUGGGUGAGCAUCUAACGGAGGAGGGAAGUGAGUUCCACAGGAACGGUGCAGCCCUCGAGAAGUCUUGAAGGCGAGCAUCAGAGGAGGGAGUACAGACAGAAGACAGACUUAAGUCUUCAGCAGAUCGUAAGGGCCUAGACAGGACAUACUUGUGUAUAAGGGAGGAUAGAUAGGUGGGAGCAGCAUUAUGUAGAGAUUUGAAAGCAAGAACCAGAAUUUUAAAUUGAGCUCUAUAUUUUAUAGGAAGCCAAUGUAGGGACUGACAGAAGGGUGAGGCGUGGGAGGUGUGGGCGGACAGGAAGAUGAGCCUCGCCGCUGCAUUCAUUAUGGACUGUAACAGCGCAAGUUGGGAGCACGUAAGACCACUGAGAAGCGGAUUACAGUAGCCACGGCGAGAAAGGACAGUGGAAUGGGCCAGCACCUUAGUCGCAUCUGGCGUUAAGUAGGGUAGGAUGCGCGCAAUGUUUUUGAGAUGGAAACAGCAGGAUUUGGUGAUCAACUGAAAAUGAGGAGUAAAGGAGAAGUCAGAGUCAAAGAGAACACCCAGCCAGCGAGCCUUCGUGGUGGAGCUGAUGGUUUUCAGUUUUGGUCAAGUGGAGUUUAAGGAAGUGGGCAGCCAUCCAGUCAGAAAUAGCAGAGAGGCAGUCAGAGAGACUAGUCAAGAGGGAUGGGGAGAGAUCAAGAGAGGACAGGUAGAUUUGCAUGUCAUCCACAUAAAAAAUUAUAUUGGAAGCCAAAAGGAGCUAAUGAGUUUACCAAGGGAGGCAGUAUAGAUGGAGAACAUUAGGGGACCAAGGACUGAACCUUGGGGGACACCAACAGAGAGGAGUUGGGAAGCAGAGCCAGAGAAAGAAACACUGAAAGAGCGCUGGGAAAGGUAGGAGGAGCACCAGGAGAGAGCAAGAUCUUGUAGAUCAAUAUUGCGGAGGAUGAGAAGAAGCUGUUGAUGAUCAACAGUGUCAAAAGCCACAGAAAGGUCAAGGAGAAUUAGAAUAGAGUAGUGACCAUGAGAUUUUGCAGCGAGUAGAUCGCUGGAUACUUUGGUCAGUGCCGUUUCCACAGAGUGCUUAGCGCGGAAACCAGACUGAAGCAGGUCUGGCAGAGAGUUGGACUAAAGAAAGUCUGUCAAUCUUGCUUACGCAACUCUUUCAAGGACCUUGGAUGCAAAAGGCAGUAGUCAGAUAGGACGGUAGUUGGAUGGGGAGUUAGGGUCAAGGUUGGGCUUCUUUAGAAUUGGGGUUACAGUUGCAUGUUUGAAGGGUGAUGGAAAUAUGCCAGGGGGUAGAGAGAGAUUGAGAAUUUUAGUGAGAGGUAGAGAAAGAGAAUAAGUCAAAGUACGGAUGAGAUGUGAGGGAAUUGGAUCUAGGGAGCAGGUGGUGGGGCGGGAGAACUGGAGCCAAGCAGAAACCUCUUCCGCUGUAGCGGGUGCGGGACAAAAAUUAUUUGUUUGUUUUUUAACAUUCCUUCUGUUGGAUAAAAACCAAAUAUCUUGUCGUAGACCUGAGACUAUGGACACAUCUAGGACAACAGACACCUCAAUCAAUUUAAAAAAAAUAAUAAUCCUUUCAUCAGUACUAAAAAAUUUAUAUAUAAAGAUAAAUAUAUAUAUGUAUACAUCCUCUAAAAAUAUGAUGAAAGUAUUCUUAUAUUAAACAUAUCAGAUGACAGUUGCCCUUUAACGUAUGAUCUAAAUUAACAAUAAUGCUCUAAAAAUGUAAAUUGUUGUUUUACAGUUUAAACAAUAAAUUAAUAGAUUACUACUUCCAUUUUACUAGAUUUACAAAGAAAUAUACAAAUUGACCUCAUCUCAUUUUUCAAUAUUCACAGGCAAAAUGCAAACUGUUGAACUUGGACUUUGGAUUCAAUGCUUUUGAUGAUCAGUACAGAGGUUGUACAGAACUUCUCGAAGAAGACGUCAUGCCCAAAAUUUUAACCUUGGAAAAGGCAAUAAACCUUGAGUUUGGCUUAGCGUGGAACCGAGCAGAGGUGCAGUGGGAGCAAAUAAAAACACAAUUCCGUCUUCCUCCUGGGUUUAAAGAUGAAUUUGGAACUGCAGUUAUAGUCUACACUACUGAUUGGCCAAAAGAGAACCCAGUAUAUAAAGUAUUUAAUGAAAAUGUCAGCACAGCUGGAAAAUCUAGAACUCAUUAUAUCCAAAACUUUCACUUCAAAUCCCUCCACUUCUACCUUACACGGGCUCUGCAGACCCUUAAGAAAACCUCCAAGAGGAGGCACCAAACUUUCCGAGGGACACAUGAUUCUUACGAGGUGUCAGAAUCUGUUCUAAGGUUUGGGAGAUUCACAUCUUCCUCGUUGAACAUCGAAGUAGCCAAAGAAUAUUAUUCUGGAUUACUUUUUGAGAUCGUAACUUGCUUUGGAGUCGACAUCCACAAACUUUCUUCUUUCCCUGAAGAAAAGGAGGUUCUGAUCCCAGUGGCGGAGAAGUUUAUCUACAGGGGAAAGAAGGGUAACAUGCAUGUGAUAGACAGCACAUGUGAACUGUGUAGCUAUUUUAAUUGCGCGCUUUUUGGAGGUAAGUGUAAGUAAGAAUUGAUAUUCAUGGUGUUCCGUGUACAUGUCAACGCGACAAUUAAUGCAAACAUUAUAAUUACAUUUAGAAGGUUUAUUGUAACAGUUUAGGGCAAGCUGGUAUUGUACAAAUGUCCAGGGUAUGUGCUCUCUACAGUGUGGACUCUAAAUAUCCUCUGAAAGACUACACUAGGUUAUAUUUUGUGUCGUUUUUGUUUCUGUUGUUGGAAAAGGAAUGCAACCUUUUACAAAGCGCAGACACCAGCAACGCAUCCCUCGCAAUCCCCACAUUUACAUCGCAAGAAGGAGAAAGGGAUGGGGUGAAUCCUGCAGGGAAAAUUAACCGAGCAGCCGAAAUGAUAUUUCAUUGUGAAAGUGAAAAUGUGUGGGUAAAUUCCACAGGGAAGGAAGUAAAGGAAGUAUAAAAAGAAACAUAAAGUGGCUGGGUAUCUUUCGCAAAGGAAAAGAAAAGCUUGAUGAAGUAACAUAUAAUAAGUUGACUUUUUGCAUGGUGGAAACAGGAUGAGCAGUUAAAAUAAAUCUCUCUUUAUAUAAAAUAUAUUAUACACACUACACAUGGAGGGACUCUUAGUCUUCUCAAAUAAACCUUUAUUCCGUCUUUGUCAAAAAUACAUCGUGUCAGUUCCAGGAUCGUGACCUAUAUAAUGCCCCUCCCACUGAUUGGUCACUUCUCACUUGGUUUGUGAAUAAAAUCAACAUUCACAAGACCAAAAUCGCUGACCUUAAAACAUAGCUGAGUUAGAAAAUGCUCCCAGUUUGGGAACUUUGAAAUCUCACUGUAGAGAAUAGUCUGGUUAGUAACUGUCCCCUACCAAAACAAUCAACUAUUUUUCCGCCAUCGAUCAUCUUUUUUUUUGGCACUACGCCCAAAAAUAUUUUUUCCGAAAAUCCUAUUCCGAAUUAGAAAUCAGUACAAGCGCGCGUGUCCAUUACUUGUUACCUUGGUUUGGGAUUUAGCUGCGUUUUGGAAAUUAGACAAUUACUCAGUUGGCCCACGUUCAGAUGAAUUGCAGUUUGUAGCAAAAUGAAUUCCACGUCUAAUAAUAAAUGAGAAGUUGAUGUUGAGAGAUGAGAGGAAUAAAGCGAGAUGAUAACGUACCAUAUAAAGUAAAGUAACAAGUGUUUAUUAACACUGAUUAAUGGAGGAAAACGUUACUCUCUAAUUUCGUGUUUUGUAUUUUUAACCGUUUGCUUGCCAACAUGCACACAUCAUAACUUGGCCCAUCAAGCCCACUUUGUUCCCGCAGUGACGCUCUUCCUACGGAGAAACAAAUUUUGUGCGAGUUCUCAUUUCUGUCUCCAUGCAUCCACGCAGUUUUAUUUUUCUUUUGUAUUUAACUUUAUUGUCACACCUGCUCUACGUAAUAAAAAUUGUAUUUGUGUUUCAAUAUAUAACAUAACCCAUAAUCCUGUACUGCACAGGGGCAGCGUUAUACUGAGUAAUAAAAUGAAAUGUGAGACCCCUAACCGCAGUAACCACCCAGGCCAGCUGCUGCUGCUACCACCUGUCACCAGUAAUUCAAUCCUUGUCUUCCUACUGAAAUGCUCAGAGAGGAGCUGUGUCCACAGAUACACUGUAUCUCAUUGUAUGUAAAUACUGAGCACUUCAUUGGGAGAUUAUCAUUAUAACCAACGUGUUUAGUUCAUCUAUAUAUUAUUCCUGUAUGUGUGGCUAAUCAUUGGGCUGUUUUUAAUCAAAUACCGCCAUCUAGUGGUUUUUAUUGAUACAUAUGUUGCAUGACAUUGGGUCUUUGACUUUAGAGUUUAUACAUGUCAUUUAAUCUAUUACUUAGUAACUCUUUCUAAUCACAAGAUACUGUGUACAAUGAUGUCUAUGGACCUUCUGCAGUAUCCUUACACUCCUGUAUAGGAAAAAACACUAUACAAUAAAACCAGUGUGAUGGUUGGGAUGGUUUGCUUAAUAAUAAUUCUAUCAAUUAGAAUUAUUUAUGGAUACAAUGAUAUUGGACAUAACAUUCUUAAAGGAGUACUGUCACGUCCAAAUAUUAAUGAUAUUGUUUUUAGUUAUUCCAUUAUUUAAGCAAUUUGUACAUUUCUAAGGUGGGUAAUAAAAAAAUGUAGAAAUCCAACCCUCUUUAUCCUGUAACUGAGCGCCUCCAUCUUAGCUCCCUGUCAAUCAUUGUUAUAAGCUCCGCCCUUUACACCUGGCAGUCAGUAUAGAGAGAGCCGCCUCCAUCUUAGCUCCCUGUCAAUCAUUGUUAUAAGCUCCGCCCUUUACACCUGGCAGUCAGUAUAGAGAGAGCCACCUCCAUCUAAGCUCCCUGUCAAUCAUUGUUAUAAGCUCCGCCCUUUACACCUGGCAGUCAGUAUAGAGAGUGAGUACAGAAAGGAGGAGAAAUGGAACAAGGUUUCUGUUUUUCCCCCUCAUUUGCCCUGGCUUUACUUUGGUAUUUUGAACUGGAUUUAGAUUUAAUUUGCCAGAUAUUUAAUAUUAAUAUAAAGCUGUGGCAAACCUAGCCACUUGGAACUGCCUAAGAUAGAAUGGUUGUGCCUAUUUUCUGUUGUGUACUGCGCGCCGGUAUAGUGUGGCGUCUCCGGCUAUGUUUAAUUUAUGCUGUACUGUGUAUGUCUGUUCGAAUCCUCCCCAUUCGUUAGCAUUGCUAUUAAAACUGACUAAGUUGUAUAUUUUGAAGUAGAAAGGUAACGGUUUAUGUCCUCGUAGUUUUCAUUACUGUAUGUUACAGCAGGGGCUGUUGGGAGGAGGACCUGGAAACGGUAGUCUCCCUCCAGUCCCCUCAACCAAAACCCCUGCUGCCCAUCUUUGGAAACCCCUGUUGAGUGACCUGCUUUAAAUAUCAGUUAUUUUUAAUAAAGUGACAGUUGAGUGACCUGCUUUAAAUAUCAGUCUUUUUGAAUAAAGUGGCAGUUGACUCUCAGACUGUGUUUCGUCUGGUUCUUGGGAGGAUUUGGGAAUAUUGCCUGCUUCCAGCUUUGUACUUGGUUAUUGCAUUCUACCAGCAGAGAUCCUGGGAUUAUAAAAUUGCAGCUCCGCAACAAAAGCUUUACUCCAAGCAUCAUAAAGACAUAAAGAAAUUGCAGGGGGGAGUUUUUUUAUAGCACUGAACCAUUAGUUAUACUUUGCAUAAGAAAUGAAUCCAGAGUUUUUACUUAUGUUUUGGCCUGCACAGAUAAAGCUGUUGUUUUGGCUCCAUCUGGUGGUCUGGGUGCCUGGUCCAGCUAGGGUUAACCCUUUUUUCUAUAAACAUAGCAGUUUCAGAGAAACUGCUAUGUUUACAAUAGAGUUAAUCCGGCCUCUAGUGGCUGUCUCAUUGACAGCCGCUAGAGGCGCUUCCGCACUUCUCACUGUGAUUUUCACAGUGAGAAGGUACCAGCGUUCAUAUCAAAGCAUUGAGAAUGCUUUCCUAUGGACUGGCUGAAUGCGCACGUGGCUCCUGCCGUGCAUGCAUAUUCAGCCGAUGACGUCGCUAUGGAGGAGGAGAGGAGGAGGAAAGCUACCCGCCUGGCGCUGGAGAAAGAGGUAAGUUUAACCCCUUCCUCCCCCUAGAGCCCAGCAGGAGGGGGGCCCUGAGGGUGGGGCAAGAGUAUGUUUCCUGGCAAGUUUAUGUGGGCCGCACAAACACACACACACACACAUACUCACUGACAGACACAGACACACUCGUUGACAGACACACACGCAUACUCAGACAGACACACACAUACUUGUUGAUAGGCACACACACACUCACACACACACAGACACACACUCACUGACAGACACACAUACAGACACACUGACACACACAUACAGACACACACACAUACUCACUGACAGACACACACAUACUCGCUGACAGACACACACAUACUCACUGACAGACACACUCACUGAUAGACACACACAUACUUGCUGACAGACGCACACACGCACUCACUGAUAGACACACACAUACUUGCUGACAGACACACACACACUCACUGACUGACACACACACUGACAGACACACACAUACUCACUGACAGACACACACACUCACUGAUAGACACACACAUACUUGCUGACAGACACACACACUCACACACUGACAGACACACACACAUACUCACUGACAGACACACACACGACACUCACUGAUAGACACACACAUACUUGCUGACAGACACACACUCACUGAUAGACACACACAUACUUGCUGACAGACACACACACUAACUGACUGACACACACACUGACAGACACACACAUACUCACUGACAGACACACACACGCACACUCACUGAUAGACACACACAUACUUGCUGACAGACACACACACUCACUGACUGACACACAUACUGACAGACACACACACAUACUCACUGACAGACACACACAUACCUGCUGACAGACACACACACAAUCACUGACAGACACACACAUACUCAUUGACAGACACACACAUACUUGCUGACAGACACACACACAAUCACUGACAGACACACACAUACUUGCUGAUAGACACACAACACACUCACUGACUGACAGACACACACACUGACAGACACAUACUCACUGAAAGACAGACUCACAUACUUGCUGACAGACACACACUUACACACACAUACUUUUCAUUAUUGCUCCUUACCUUAUGGAGCCGAUGGGGGACAUCUCCCUGGGGUCCUUCUAGCUCCUCACUGCUUUCGUGCGUGGUUUAGUGAUGCUUGGUGCCGGAAUAUGACGUCAUAUUCCGGCGCCCAGAUUCACUUCAGUUGGCGCACGUGAGGGAGCAGUGAGGAGCAGGAACACUGAGCUCCCUCGCGGCCUUCCUCCCCGGCAGGGUAAAUGUUAGCAGAGUAGGCGCCUGCAAUAUGGGGAAAGCAGGGGCCUACUCUAACACUGAGCAUGUACUCGCGGCUAGCCAGGCCACAAAGAUUGUCCUUGUGGGCCGCGAGUUUGAUGUGCUUGGUGUAAAUGAUAGAGAAAUUAUGAUUCCUCUUUAAAGGGACAUUACUUGCAUUAGCAAAACCAAGUAAAAUUGUUCAUACAGGAACCUUUUAUAAAGAGACAUAUAUAAAAGAUAAUUUAGCAAUGCAUGUUUUCUAAUAAUCUGCUAUUUUAUUGUUCUGACAGAGGAGAAGCUUGACGUUCCUGUUUGCAGUACCUCUGGUAAGUAUUUAUAUACACACGUCAGUAAAUGAUAGAAUUGUGAAGUCCCCAGCAGGUACUCAGCCAGUUUGUCCAUCUCCCUGCUAGCGAUAUGUUGCCCUUUUAAGAGUUCUCGAGUAGGGCUGCAUGAAAACUCAGAUUACCAUGAAGAAGGUAUCCAUAGUAUUACCCUUUGCAGAAGUAUUUCCCGUUUUAAUCAGAACAUUCUCAGCUUCUGUAAUUAACCCCGUCAUGAGGUGUCAGGCCACGUGUGUUAAGAUUGCGCAGUGAUUGCCCUCACCGGUGUUGGAAGAAACAUUUCAGGGUACCAUUACACAAUCCAUUUAGAAGGUGGUACCAACACCUAGACUAGAGUUGUGCACACAUGCGUUUCUGUUUACUAUGAACUAAUCAAACGCCUUUUAAUCUGCGUCCGAACAAAUUGAUCUGUCUGGGAUUGAUUUGUGGAGAUUUAUUCAAAGAACAGUCAAGAUUUGUAAUAUUUUUAUCACCAUAAUUGUUUUUUUUUGUAUAUUUGGCAUAAAUUGUUGGUGAAAAUACAUUUAAUUUUAAUUUGUGAAAAUCAUUUCUGUAUUGUUUACCAGAUUUGGGAAUUUUGUGAUCAUGUGGGAAGAAUUAUAUUUUAAGGAUUAUUAAACCUAUAUAUUAUCUUUUAACAGCCGUCUGAUGAACCUACUUGGAUGAACCUGUCCCCCUCGGAGUUAGCCGUGUCAUUUAUCACUGACGUUGAUCUAGAACACUGUGGAUUUAGAUUAUUUUAAUAUUCUGUUAGAAUGCUCUGACAGUGGGCAUUGAUAUUAACGUAAUAUCAACAUGAUUCCAAAACAACCUGCAGAAAAAUUGCUUUGGUUCAUAACAUGUGGUGGCAUCGCUGUUAACCUGUUCUAUGUAUUAAAGUACAUAUAUCUGACCUGCCUUAAUUUACACUUGAAUUGCCAUCGUCCUUCAGUAUCCAUUGCCUGUAUAGAGACACAGCGACUCAGGGUUACAAUGUGUAAAGUCCAGCUCUCGCCAGUGAUGUUCAGAUCUCUCCAUCUUGUCCCAUUGCCCGUGUGUAGAUUAGUAUAUUCUGGGUGGUUGUAGAGGGGGGUUGUUGUCAUUUACUUCACUGUUGCCUGAGUUAGCAAGGGACGCUACUUGUAUGUAAUGUAAAUGUUGUGUAUACAUGUGUGUGUAUUUCUAAAUAAAUGCUCAGUGUAGUGAACAAGUCUCUGUAAUAUUUAUAUCCUGGUUGGAAAUGUGGUAACGAAACGGAAAUUAAUAAAUGAGAAAUAUUUCCACUAUUGCCAUAAAUGCAUCGAUUUUACAGGAUUUGCUCCAGUUACCAUCGAUUAAUAAAACCGUAUGAAUUUAGCCUUAAGAAAACAAAUAUAGCCCAGGGCACAG